UCUGACAUCAGCUCUGUCGUGCCACGAUCCGCGAGCCAAUUAGCCAAAUUGUAGAUGCUCAGUUGACGUUCGAUUAUCGAUUGCUUGUUUCUUCGCGUCGCAAUGGCCACACCCACAGGCCACAAUGGCUGGGCUACCGCCGACGAUUGGGCUUCACAAAGGGAUUAUAUCACAACCCUCUGUAUGUUGAAUUGACACUUCACCCUCCCGCAAUCGAUCGUCAUGCUUGUUAUUUCUUUGCCGUCGUUAGCUCUUACCCUACCCGGGUAGUCCUUGCUUGCAAAAUGGACUAUGAAUUGACAGUAUAUCUACUAGAUCGAGAUCAAAAUAAGACGUUAAAGGAGAUUAUGCAAAUAAUGCAGGAUAAUCACCAGUUCUUCGCAACCGUGAGGAUGUACAAAGCCCGCUUUCAGAAAUGGGGCAUCGAGAAGAAGAUCAAAGCUGAGGAAGCCGUCGAGAUCUUUCGCCAACAGACUGCUCGCGCCGCAAUCGGAAAACCAACAGUAGCUUACAUCAGAGGCAGACGGAUUGAUCCAGAUCGACUACAACGGUAUCGAUAUCGCGCGGCGCCGCUUAUUUCAAAAAAGAUCAUGCGCGCCGAGAAGGGGGCAAACGAUGAAGGAUCCAGAUCAAGGAUAUCCCAGGUAAUCUGUCGAACACCAUCGCCCUCACCCUCACCCGACGCGACCGAUUCGAACAUAUCCAUUUCUCCCCGCAUCGAGGAACCUACCGAGCUGAGAGUGCCACACGAGUGUAUGCAGAUUCUCCGCAAUUUCAUAAAUGGGGCUUUCGAUAAUGGGAUGUGGCAAAUGGCAACUCAGGGAGAGCGCGCCGAAAUGAAUGGUGCUUUCACCUGGCAACAUUACGUAGCUUCAUCACAGGGGCUGAUUCGCCAUGGCCGAAUAAAAGAAGGCUUCUCGCUGCUGGGUAUGUGCUUCGACCAGUACAAGUUGCAAUUGCAACAGCCAGAUUCGAUGUUCUGGUUGGCUACCUACAAGUGCGCAAUAGUCCUUGCUAGUCAAAACAACAAGCUUGGUGACGCUUUCAUUGACUACGCUUCAAAGCUCACGGCAUUGAUUCUUCCACCGGGGCAUCCAUUCAACCAACUCUGGUCUCGGGUUGUACUUACGGGCAUGCGCGGAAUCAACGAUCAUGCCGGUGCCAUAUUUGAAUCCUACUUAGACAUGUGGGGACGCCAUGUCAACUCAAGAGAGACGAAUACUACCAAUGACGUUCAGGGCGCGUUUGUUUUUAUUCAGCUUCAUUGUACCGGACUGCUCUCCUUCAACCUACUCGAAACCGUCAUCCAGGCUAUGAUUGCAGGAGGGGCGAUCUCGAGGGAAGCCGCGGAAUAUCUACUCCAGGAAACCAAGUUCAGAUUAGUACUUACUUGCCUUGGAAGACGACGACUAAAGAAGGCCGAGACCGUCACCAAAGAGAUAAUUGCCUGGCUAGAUACGCGACUGCCCAGUCUUUACCCGGAUCUCCGCUGCAAGACUGCUUGGCUAAUGUUUGAAAUCAAAGAGCGGAAGGGAACACAGGCGGAGGCAGUACAAGCAGGACACAACCUGCUGAAGAUUUCGCAGGAAAUUUACGGACCGGCGCAUAUUCAAACGCUUGAGGCGAUGUCGGCGGUAGAGAAUUAUUGCCGGAAGAUUGGUGCCACGGCAGGGGCCGACCAGAUGGGCCGAGACUUUGAGAGUAGAUGGCGCGUCUUCCGUGAUGCGGCGGAUUCACUUGGCAACUUCCCACAGCAAAUCGACCAACCUUGGUACUAUCGGUCGAUCGAAUUAGGCGAGAAAGUGGGAUACGUCCAAGAGACAGUCGAAUUAUUCGAGCGAUGCCUCAAGCUAUCCGAUGAUUCUCCCUAGACGAUUGAGUGAGGGCUUAUCACGAACAUGAGACACCAUUACAUAUCUAGCUAGGUGAUUGCCGGAUGAUAUACGACGACGAUGAAAUCAGACGACUCGAUUGACGCUUGUUGCUUAAUGUUUAUCAACACUACUGCUCGCAUAUCCGAGUAAGAUUUCGCCAAAGACGCUGAAACAUAUUUAACAUACUAUUACGCCAUCAAGAUUUUUAAUUAUAGAUCUAGUUGACUAUCUAUUCUGGAAGCGUUCUGUGCUGGAGUUUUUUCGGAGGGACUGCUUGAAGGGGCUAGCUGACCAAAUAUAUCUAUAUGCUAUUUUACAUAUCCAAGUAUAGUAUUUACAUCUAUUAACACAUUUGACUCAAUCUCUGUACAGAAUAGCAACCAACGCGUUCAACAAGUCGUUUACUUGAAUGGCCACAGCCUGAAACUAAACGACGUUUCAUAGCU